GAUGUGUAGCUGAGUUAACCAAGUUUUCAGCUGAGGGGCUGCUAUAACAGGCUUCCAAAAUUUUGAUAAAAACAAACAAGAAAAUAUUACUGCAGUCACUAUCAAGCAAAAAGAAAAUUAGUUGCAAAGAAUGUCUGCCGAGCCUCCAAACAAAGAUAUUAGAGGCAUGUGCCUGAGCAUGUGUCCUCCCAGUGAAAUGACUUUUCGUCAAAGGGAAGGCCUUGCGCAUCAAAUGGAGUGCCGUCCUCCGAUGCCUCAGUCCAGGGUGGAACAAACUGCUGCUCCAGGCCGAAAAAAGGAAUCAAAACAUUGCAAUAAGAACAAGGCAGUGAAGGGAGACCCUCAAUAUUUUGUGAAGGAGUUUGCCAGAUCAGCUGCCGGUCGCGACAUUCGUGCCGCUGAUGUUCGUCCUCUGCCAGUACUAACUCGGACGCUACGCUACCUCCUGACUCAAGCCCAAGCUCGCCGUGACGUCAGCCCGGAUUGCUGCCACGAGUUCGUCAGCGACAGACUGCGCGCCAUUCGUCAGGACCUCGCUGUACAGGCGCUGCUGACAUCCCCAGCUGCUGCUCCUCUGCUGGCUGCAGCUGUGCGCUACAUGCUGCUGCAGUUCUACAGGAUGUGUGAGAGUCGAGAUCACGUUCACAACGCGGUGCUUGAGAUGCGGCAGCUGCAAGAGACGCUCGCAAGUGUGUUACGCAUCUAUAGGGACCAUCCAGUCAAAACACCUGACACGCCUACUCACUUUUCUGACUCGGACGACGAAGAAUGCGAAUACUUCUUUGAAUUGGACCCAGUCACUGGAAGAGUACGAGAGAAGGCCAGUGCCGAAGAUACAAAUGCGAGUGAGGGUUCACCAGGAACUUGUGAUGACAACACAGCCAGUUCAGGCGAGGACAUUUCACAGAGAUUGUCUUGCAUGAAUAUCGUCGAUGAAGGUGAGAAAACCAUGCCUGUUGCACGCCGGCCAUCAUCGUCAUCACCAGAAAAUGGGCCAGAGAGCAGACAAAAUAAUGCAGCAUCGAUAGAUUUGCACCAGCAACACAGCAAAUCAUCCUCGAUUAAUUCUUAUGACCAUGGAACGGAAUAUGAUUCUAACGACCACAAUGCCGUUGUAAAUAGUGAGCCUAAUAAAAUAAGUAAUAACUUGAUACAAUCCCGGACCUCAAACGAAGACACGAAUCCACCGGUUCGCGAGGAUGAACAGGAUUGUUCCAAUUGUUUCUCAAGUGAGCACGAGGAAAUGGAGUGUAUGCACCUACUUCUGAAUUAUGACGCAACCGAAGCAAUAAAACACUCGUUAUCUCUACCACCGUCUUUAAAAAAUGGUAAAACAUUCCAGCGUGUGUUGACGUCAGUGUUAUCGUACCACAGCUGCGGCAAUACUGCAGCUUUACUUCGUCUUCUGCAGUGCCUGCCGCCGCUUCUUGCUACGUCCCUAUACCUCAACUUGCCGAAAAUUCAGCGGAAGGUUAUUCAGGUGCUGAACACAAGUCACCACAACACGAAGAUCCCGCUGCUUGAGGUGAGCUCCCAGCUUGGGCUGUUCGGUGACACGGACGCCGCGAGACGCGUGUGCCAGCACUACGGCAUCGACAUCGUCGAUCACAACACAAUCGCCUUCAACAAGAAGCACUUUAAUGACAACGCGCCUCAGUUGCCGCUGGAACGAGCCGAGUGGCUGGAUAAGAAGCUUGCCAAGACUACAGUUGAACAGCUGCUACUACCACAUCCUCUCGUAAUAAUGCACAGCUGCUACGUAUGUCAAGUUUAGAACGUCGUCACAGUGACACGCCUCCAUCGGCUUCAAAGCAGAUCGCCUGCUCUCAGGGCCAGAGAAUUUUUAUUAAUUAUUAUUAAAGUCCCGUAAGUUUUUACUCCAUAUUGCAUCUCGACAGAAGAGGUUAUGUUGUUCAAGGCAUAAGUAAGUUUUGAGCAUGCUAAGCUAGCUAGGUGAAUAAAUAUAGUCAAAGUUACUCGAGUGUUGCCGCAUUUGAGGGGCUCGGACAACGUGCAUUUGGCUGGGUUUUAAUUAAGAACAGAUGCUUAUUACUCCAGCAGAAGCUUUGCUAGGGAGAUCACUCUAGGCGACGUCAACAAGCUUCAGUAAUUGGGAGCAACCAAAUUGGUGGCUACCAUGUGUGACGAUUAGCUACAUAUCUUCGGUGACCGUGCUGCCGUAUUUCUUGACAUGGCGUUAACCUUGCUGUAGGCAUCCGGUCAAUAUGAUACACAAUUCCGACUAAUGUCUAGAUGGCAUAGAGCGUUUACGUAGAUGAAGACAAUUUUACGUUCAAGCACAAUCAGUAACAAUGAGACACCUGAAGAUCGAUAAGGAGUUCAGUUGGCAUUGAAUAGAUGGUUAAUGAAACAAGUGAUUAUCACUGCUGGUUGAUUUACAUAUCACGUGUUGUCGCCAUGACUACCAGCCAUUACGAAUCAAUUGCCAGUCGCAGGAGCCUGUAAUCUCCACUACAAGUAAGUUCUCGAACGUGAUGGCUGGAUAUUAGACAGUAUUUGUGCAGGCUGAUGAACGAACACGUUGCUUGCUACUUUUUGAGCUAGAUAAGGCGGAGGUAGAUUAUCUAGCAUCGUGUUAGAGCAGCCAUCCAUUUGUUUAUUGACUGUCGCAAAUGUAAACUUGUCUUCUCUCAGCUUCUCCGGCAUGACCUCAAACAGCCUCGGUGUCGCAACGAAACAUCCUGUCUCGGCACAGCGUCCAGUUGCCACGGGGCACACUCUGUCGUAAUACUUGUUCACUGUUGCUCGAUUCCCUCGUUUUUCAGUAAACCUGAUUCGUAAGAAGUUUUCGUGUAUAAUUAUUUACCCGUUAUAGUUAUUGCAUCGCUCGACUUGCUAAACAACGUGCGG